UUUUUAUCUCCAUUACAAAAGAGUUAACAAUAAAUGGCUAAGACUAGAGAAAAUGGUUCAUGUGAAUUUCCCAUCAAAUUUAACAGAAGAGGAGCUGAUAUUGAAGCAGAAAUAUGCAAUUUUGAAAAAGAAGAAAAAAGCACUGCAGGCAAUAAGAACAGCUAAGCCUGAGCGUGAACAACCGCAAACAGCACCCGCAAAACGACCUGCACCAGAAUCGGCAGAAGAUGCAAAAGAACAAGCAAAGAAACUACUGAAGUCAGGGUCAAUCAAGAUCAAAGUUGAUAAUGAGAAACAAAGUUUCAAGCGAUCGAAAAACCAAGAGAGAAAAUUAAAGGAUCCUGAGAAGACCCCGACUGCGGUAGGUUUCCAGCCAUUUUCAGCAGUUCACACAGACGAAGAGGAUAAAGAUGGAAAUAAGUCUUCUCAGCGACCAAGGAUGAGGGGAUUGUAUGACAGCUUUGUCAGUGGAGGUUACGAUCGCGACAGAGAGGAGAGGCGAGAGGAGAGAAACCAGCAGGAGAGACGAGAUCGCGACUACGACUCACCAAAGAGAGGCAACACCAUCUAUGUCAACGGACUAGGGAUCACAGAGGAAAUACUCAGGAAAGCUUUCUCCAACAUAGGCUCCAUACUCAACAUCAACAUGGAAAGAGACAAACAUGUUGGAUUUGUAACUUUUGAGAAAAUGGAGUCAGCAGACACGGCCAUUGCUGAGGUAAAUGGUGCCAUGGUGGAGGGGAUCCAGCUCAAGGUGACGAUGGCCAGGAGGCAGCCCUCGUUUGAUCAGAACAGUGACCAGUCCACUAAAUCUUGGUCCUCAAUAGCUGCCAGUAAUUCUCAGAAGAGCUCAUAUAAAGACAAGAGAGAAAUGGUCAGCUAUGAAAAUGAUGACAUCUUCUGAUCACUUCAGCAAUGACAUCUGAUGACACCUUUUGAUCGCUAUGACAUCUGAUGACACCUUUGAUCGCUAUGACAUCUCAUGACACAUUUUUAUCGCUAUGACAUCUGAUGACACCUUUUGAUCGCUAUGACAUUGAUGACAUCUUCCGGUCGCUUCAUAUAAUGUAUGUUGCUAGUGUCGAUGUACAAACACAUGCACAUAACACAUGAUGUGAUCGCUACAAUACAGCAAAACUGUUAAUUACAGAACCAGUUUAAUGUAACUGUAAAAUUAUGAAAACAUACAAAAACUGAAUUUGUUGACAGAAGGUUUCCUGAAAGAUACAGAUCUCAACAGUCGCAUGAACAGUGGAUAUGUGGUGUUGUAAUUCAAUCAACAAUUUACAUAUGAUGUAAGGGUGCAUUUUAUAUUUCAAACUUCAACAUUUUGUUAUAAAAAUGGUAAAGUAUUUGAAAAGAAUUGACCACAUAUUGAAUGGGAAAAUGCAGAAUUGUUGCUUCUACUGUGUUGUGAAUUUCUAAAUAAAAUCUGCAUAUUUGAAA